AGUAUUUAAUGUACUCCAGUUGGCACGAUCAACUAGAGAGAAAGUUAAAAGCAUUGUCUACGGUUUGUACAGAUCUAUGCAAAUUUAAUACUCAUGGGAGGAAUAAGCAAGAAAAAAUAUAAGUUCGAAUGGUAUCAACUCAUUACCAGUUUAAAAGAAGUUCCACACAAAUACAUAUUAAAAGUAUUUGUUAUAAACAUUUACAAUUUCGGAAAAUAUGUACCUCACCUGAAAGGGCGCUAUUUAUAGAUAUUACGUGUUCUCAUAUGUGGAUCAAUACGGACGUUUCUCAUAAGUUGGAUAGAAGAUUGAACUUAUAAUGUUCACCUAUCAUGAAUGGCAUUUAUAUGGCGGAGAUAAUAUUUUGGUAUGAUGGAAACAUGAACCAGUCAGUUUUUUGGACAUUUUCAUCCCAUGUUGAAAAAAAAAAACAUUCUUCGCACCUACCAGCAGAGUUGUUUCGUCAGAAUGUACUAUAAAUCCAUACACAAUUUUAAACAUUAACAUUACAGUAUAUUGAUUACGUUAUGAACUGGAGUUGUUAUGAGAUUUGUGUUCGACUGAAAACACCAAAGUCAUAAUUAAUAUGGCAUUGUCAUCGGUUCCCGUGUUAUAUGGGAAGUCAAAUAUUGAAGAUGCGGGACACUACCACCGACUUCUUGAUUUAUUCUUUAGCUGUACAGCAGAAGCACUACGAAAAUAUCUUGAAAAGGACAUUUCUAGUCAAGGAAUGACCCUUAAAGAUUUUUUACAAAAAGAGGAUGUUAAGAAAAAAAUAAAAGGAAAGUCUCUUUUUCCUGAGCAAAAAACCCUACUUCAUAGUCCAAAACCUUCUUACGAAUCAUUUGACAUUACCCUUUUAUCCAUGUUAAUUCUAGAAGUUUGCAAUCCUCUUGAAAGUGUCUCACAAUCUGUAAGAAAACUUAAAAAGCUGAGAAACGACUUAGCACAUAACGUCAAAGGAGAAGUACAUGGAGAUCAAACAUUUAAUGAAGCUAGUCAAGAAAUUUUGAUAAUUGCCAAGGAAAUAGGAAAAGAUUUCAAGGAUAAAAUUUUGAGCCAAAUGCGCGACAUUCGAAACAGAGAGAUGGUGCGGACACGAAGGAACAUGGAACAGAUCGUGAUCAAUGGCGAAUACUUCAUGGUUAAACUUGUUGAAUCUUCAGAACAUGAACAUGAAAUCAAAGAUGCCACAGAAACGAAGAUAAAACUCAAUUUGUCUCGAUGGAUUCGCCAGCUUUCACGAAUGGAUAAAUUGAAUAUAUUUCUUCAAAAUUUGAAAGAAACUUGUGUCAUAAGUGAAAUGCAGAAGUUAUCAAUAGAGACAGAGUACCAGAAUUACAGCCAAAUGCAAAGACUUGUUUUGUUUGUUCAAAAUGAAACCAAAGCAAAUCUAUUCAAAUUCUGCAAAGAAUUGAGAUCAAUGCAUCCAUUAUUGGCGGACUUGAUUGAGGGGAGCAACACAGAUGGUACUGACAUUGAUGCAUACCUUGACAGCAACGAAAUCUCAGAAAUCGAACAAAUCCUUCGAUCUUCUGUAAAGAGUUGCACUGGUGCUACAGUUACGUGUGAGGACAUCCAUGUCAUGGUUGAAGACAAAAUGAAGACGAACAUUUGUUUCGAGAAAGUGAAAACGUGUUUGCUAAAUGUGUUUCCCCAAGCUACCUGCAACACGACAGAAAAGUGUUUUGUUGGCGUUCAGGAAACCUCAAAAUCUGCCUGUUCUUCAAAACAAUCAGAUAAGUCUCUGGCGUCAAAAGUAUUUUCUUCUAUGCCAAUUGAAGAAUUUGCAAAGGAAAUUGGUAAGCGAAUGGAAAUAUUAAAACCAGAAUUUAAAGAUUUAUUUCGGGAUGCAAUUUCUAGCGAAUCGAUUAUUCCUAAAACAUUCGUUACCAUGUCGCCUGAGAAUUUAGAGAGAGUGUUUGGUUGUUACCUACCAGGAAACAAGUUUGGAUUCGGUAUAAAGCAUGAGUUGAUGUCUUUUCAAAAAGAAAUCCAAGACCAGCUCGCUGCUUCUCCGUCAGAUAUGUCUGAGAAAGUAUCCUUAAGAAAGUUUGAUUCACCAGCGUCUGGCGACGUUAAGUACUGCAAAGGAACAGUCAGACCUGCUCAUGGCAAUAUAUUGGUUCCAAUUCACGAAUUUCGUUCAAUGAUGAAUGCAUCAAAACACUCAAUAGCAAGAGAAGUGUUACGGUUCAUGGCUGCUUGUAUGAAUUCUAGAAAGAAUGGAACAAUUCAUUUUGGCAUUAAAGACAACGGAGAUGGAUGUGGUACAAUCGAAGGGGUUCCAAGUAUUUCAUUCAACACAAAAGAUUUAGACGUUCUAAUAGCCCGGUACAUUACUGAUACUUUCUGUCCAUACAGCCAGAAUGCAUUACAGUGUUUAAGACCGACACAGGCGAUUUCAAUGAUGGAAUCUGAAAACAUUGUCCUUGAAGUAGAUGUCAUUCCGUCUUCGUUUCAUUGUCCAAAUGAAAUAUUUCCGAUUUGCUUUCCGCCAAAGGGUCCAGCUUGUACUGUGUACUUUAUUUAUGACCUAAAGCCAAGAUGCAAUUUAGUUACCAUUGAUGGAUCAAAGAUCAAGUCUGUACAAGGCCAAUACGCAGAAAGGUAUGAGGCGAGACGUAUCCUGGAAAAAGGAAUUCUUGUGGAAAACAACAAGGAAGAAAUGCUAGAAAGAACAUUGGCAGUUGCGCUGACAGGUACAGGGACAAAGUAUGUUACAGACGAAUAUGUUCCAAUUAUAGUCACUGGUAAAAUUGGGAGGCAUGAUGAAAGCGAUUUAAGAAAGCAUUUGAAGAUGGAUCUAGCAUUCACAUCAUCUCGUUUUAUUAUUGACUUGGAUUCAUCUUCUAAACUGAGAACUGAAAUAGAAAAAGACACACUUAUUUUCAAUGUUAAAACGGCUGAAGAUUUUAUGCAGACAGACAGACCAGAGUUAACAAAUGAACCGACCUGGUUGUAUUGCAAUGGCUACGAUGAGAAUAAUGUAGGUGCAAUGAAUGUUAAAGAAUGGACAGGACGCAGGUUACCAGGAAUAAAACGUGCGUUGAACAUGAUUAGGGACAAUAUCCCUGAAGGACGUGCAUUAGUUCUAUUUAUGGUUUAUCAACAACCAACGAAAGUGGAUCCACUUUUUGAACUUGUCAGAGACAUGAUGAUGUCAUCAUUCCGGGGAGAGUGCGUAGUUGUUUCAAGCAAGGAAAACAAUAUAAAAGAUAUCAAGAAUGAAAUGUCGCAUCUAGUGGAUGACCCGUAUUUUGAAGAUCAAUUUCACACAGGUCUUCCUUGGGAGUCAAUUUCAAGUGUCAUAAACUCUGUGUUUCGUCCUAAUCCCAAUGUCGUAUGCAAGCUGCCUUGCAGUUCCGGAGGACACUUCGUAGAAAUGACUACGAAGGAGAGAUCGACAAUGAAACUAACCGACAUAGAAAUACUAAGUGGUGAGGAAUGUCAGAUUGAAUACGAUAAAAUGAGCAAAGCUGAACGUAAUGGACAUGAGCAAGAAGUGCAGAAACAAUAUUACAAAGGGAGUGGUGUGUCGUGGUGGAACUUCUUUUAUGACAACCAGGUUGGGAAACGCAAGGAUUUUGAUUCCCAUAAGGAGGAUAUGUAUGAUAAAUUGAUGUCAAAAAAAGGAGAAGACUUGGUUGAAAUCCAUGAAAUAGAACAUCACCCUGGUGCUGGAGGAAGUACAUUGGGAAGACAUCUACUGUGGCGAUUCAGUCAAUUUAACGGUGUACCCAAAAAUGCAUUCCGCUGUUGUGUGGUGAAAAACAUAACAGAAAAGACCGUUGAACAGAUAGAUCGUUUCAGAGUUUUUAAAGAUCCGAAAGACCCGAAACCUUUUAUAGUUCUUAUAGACAACAAGGGCGAAGAUGGUGUUGUGUUGCUGCGGUCAAAGUUGCGCGAGGCUGCCUACAAAACUAGCACACCGGGAAAACUGUUUUGCUUAAUCAUAUUGAUUAAUAGGGUGCCGAUUUCAAACGAGAAAACAUCUUCAUCUUCAAAACGGAAGCGGCUUUUAAGACACAAUUUAAGUGGUAAAGAGUUACAGUGGUUUGAAAAGAAGUAUAAAGAGCUUGAUGACAAACAAAAUAUUGACGUUGAAACGUUGAUUGCUUUCAAUGUGAUGAGAAAUUCCUUUGAUAAGAAGUAUAUAGAUGAACUCACAACAGAGAUGAUGAAAGGCGUAACUAGAACAGAAUUUGAAGUGCUUAAAUGUUUGUCUGUCAUAUCGUCGUAUGAAAGCGAUCAUCCCGUGCCGCAGUCAGUGUUUGACUCGUUUAUGGAAGAUACAACCGAUAUAGCAGGAGUGUUUGACUUGCCAUUUGGUAUAGCACAUUCUGUGAAUGAAUUACGGAAUAUGCCUGAGAGAAGGAAAGACAUAUGGAACACCAAAAUGUCUGAUGCGAUGUCGUUACUUGUAACCCAGCGGCACGAUGCUGAUUUUUAUAAUGGAGGAAUUUGCAUAAUCUCACAACCACUUGCCAAAUCAAUUUUGUACUACAUAAUGAAAAAAACAGGCAGCUUCUUGGGAGAUAUAGUUGAACAUGUCCUUCAUGCAGUUUCCAAGAAAAAGAGUAAAGGCAAUCCAAUGUCGAAACAAUUCUUAAAAAUUGUAGGCAGCUUAUUCAAAACAAGACAAUUUGAAGACAGCAAUAAACCAGAGACAAAGCUGAAAUUUUCAGAUUUAGUGUUAGAUCUUGAGAAAGAGAAAGCUUCAAUGAGCGGAUCGGAAAGUGUGCUGAAGACAAUGCAGAGGUGUUUUGAAAUUACGGAGGACGCCAUGGUGGGCCAACAGCUUGCACGAUACAAUAUUCACAUAAAUGAUUAUGAGAAUGCUGUACAUGAGAUCAAAAGAUCUCUGGAACUGAAACCUGACAAUUCCUACCUUCUUGACACGUAUGGUCAAAUUUUCAAAGCAAAAAUGGAGCACGUGCUGGACUCACAUUCUUCUUGUGAAAAGCUUGAUCAAGAAAAAGCUGUUGAUGUGAUCAAUCUGGCUUUUUCUGCGAUCGAAAAAUUCAAAGAAGGCCAAGAAAAAGCCAAACAAUUGGAUGACACAAAUAUGAGUUGUUUUCACAUGGAGGUAAAAACAGCACUGUUUCUUCUCGAAAAGUUUCAAAAAUUCGACAACGUUCCAAAUAGAAAUGAACUAUGCAGGUUUUUGACUGAUAUUUCUUUUUCAAUCAAUGAUUCCACUUUCUUUGGAUUAAAACAAGCUUGUCCGAGAAUAGAAGAACUGAGAAAAGGUAGUGAAUGGCAGCAACACCUUGAGUCAUCACUUAGGUGUUUAGAAGAGACGAACUACCAAAUCAAGCGUCAUCUUUACACAGUGCAUACGGAACAUGAAACGUUGCUUUUGAAAUUGAGAGAACGUUUCGAACGAUUUUACGGCGCAAUAGAUGAGAGAAGCAAGUAUCAAUUCAAGUUUGGCAUUGGUCUUAAGCCAUUGAUGACAGCUGCUGAAAAGAGUCCAGACCUGUUGCAGUAUAGGGUAGAUGAGGCACGAAAAAACCUCCACGAGCUCAAUCACAGUGAUGUUAGAGAUUUGUUAGUGUAUUUAGGAUACAGUAUCAUUACAUUGUCUGAUGGGUCGAGCAAGGCGAAAGGCCAGCAAUGUUCACUUGAAGAGUAUGGUCGUUUAAUAAGGUACAGUACAAAAUUAGUAGACAAGCAGAGGAAAGAAAUGGCUGGACGAAAAUACCUGGAGUCUUUUCUGUACUUUGCUAUGCUUCAUUGGCCGUUACAGACAAGACUUGCUCUCAACGAAGAUGCUUUUUCUCAUGGGGGAACAUACAAGGAUUUAAUAAAAGAAUGGGAGGAAUCGUACAACCACAAUCACUUCAUUAAAUCACUACAACAAUCAAAAUCAAAGAAGCCGAAAAAUUAUUUUGCUUUGGGAAAAGGAUCGCCCGGAAACGAUAUCGUAGAUUUGGAAUCAAUAACGAGAGAGUGGAUGGAUAGGAACAAAGAGGAGGGUCGAUAUAGGCGCCCGGUAUUUGGAGACAACUUUUGGCGGGAAGGGUUUGUUGAGGCACGCCUGGAACGCUUAGAGGGCGUCGUUGACGGCAAUGGUAGCACAAUAAGUCAUACGGUAAAGUACCCCAACAACAGGGAGCAUUCGUUUACGAUAUGCACGUACUAUCCCUGUAAUAGUUAUAGCAACAGAUCAGUAACGUUUGUUCUUGGAUUCACGUGGAAAGGACCUACGGCAUUUGACGUUCGAGAGAAGGGAAUAGAGACACAAAAGCGGGUUGUUGCCAUAAUUGAUAAAUCACAUGCACCCUUGGUUGGAACGGUGGCAACCGAAACACUGCAAUACCACGAACAUACGAGCACACCAUGUGCAGAGACGGGAGAACAACCAGGACAAGUUGAACGUUCGCUUGAGACACAGAAAGUAGAACCAAGCGGUAAAAGGACGACUGAAAGGACUACAGAAAAUGCAUCAAGCCGAAGACAACGGAAGAACAAGAACAAAAAGUCUUCACAGAACACUUCUGCGAAAUAAGUUAUUGCCUAUGGUUGUGAUGGAUUUUAAUUGCGAAAAACUGAGAGGAAAAACGUUUUGUCAGUUUAAAAAAGUAAAUCAGCCACCUCAAAAUUUAACUACUUAAGGAUUGUAGUUGAAGCACAAUGAGUUUGAAUACAAAAAAAAAAUGAUUGUGUGCAAGGAAAACCCAACUCGAACUGCAUUAAGAAGCGAGGCAUGCAAUCUUCCUUUAAGAACGUUAACUAAAAACGUUCAAGUGCUCAUCUAGCAAAGGAAUCGAUGGGAGGUGUAGGCUACAUGUGUUGUGGUAGCUCCUAUCUGUCAUACCAAUAUUUAUGGUGUUACUUAACUGAGGCUGUGUAUGACGGCAGUUUGUAAAAUUGAAUACAGUUUGUACUUCAGUUUGUCAGUUGACUUUAUUUUGUUUAUGGUAAAUAUUUGCUUAUGUAUGAAAUGAAAAUGAAGUAGUUUAUCAUAAUAGUUGGUAUGCAUAAGAUGUAUAAGAAAGCACAAAGUCAACUUGAAUGUUAUGAAAUGUAUGUUUAUUUGAGUAUUUAAGUUACAAUGAUGAAUUCUUUGCUUGCAUUAGCUUAUUGCUAUUUUUGUUAAUUUUAACGUCCAAAUGUUUUAUAUACUGUAUUAAUAGUAGGUGUACGCAGUCUCGUGCUGAUUGCAGUUUGUUCUAUUAUCAUUGGUGUUCCUAUGUAAAUUUUAUGUACGUAUGUUCUCAUUCCUUGAAUCAUACUUCCAUGUAACUGAUACAUGUAUGUCAUUUUUGUCCAAGUAAGAUGUGUAAGAACAUUAUUCAAAAUUUGUUGGUGUUGGGUUUCUUAUAGUACAAUCGGUAACAUCUUUUUUAAGCUUAUUGCCAUUAAAAUUAUUCAGUUUAUGCAGGUCAAAGUAAAGGCUUUUCAAGAUUGCCUAAAAAAUACGCAUUGAAUUGAAAAUGUUUUUAGAGUUACAAAAAACAUGUGUCGUACGUGACCAAUAAAAUAAUUAUUCCGAAAUAAGUAGCGCAUAGGUGGCAGAUUUUGUCGGCGAUAUUGAACUAUUUUGUAUAUAUCAUAAUAUAAAAUACACAAAGUUUCAGCAUCUCUGACUGACACUGAUUCCUGUAUUGUAUUAUUAAAUGCAAUGUGUUAAUAUGUUUUAAACAUUUAUGUAGAUUCUUCAGUUAUUUAUGAAUGGUGUGUGUAUUUUGGUAUGGCUUGUUGCAUGUGCAAAUAAUUUUUGUUUAAUAUUUAUGUUAAACUUAUAUUUGUAAGUAUGUAUAUUAUAUUCGACCCAAAUAAUGUGGUAUUCUUGG